AUGGCUGGCAUCACGACGAUCACGUCGGCAUCCACUUGCACCGCCGUCGGCCUCAUCGUCUUCUUCUUCUUAGCUCCCGUCGCCGCCUUGUCCUUCAACUACGACAGCUUCAGCCCAGAAGACCGCAAGGACAUCAGGGUGGAAGGCGACGCCUACAUCAGCAGCGGGUGGAUCGAGGUGACGGCGAACAGGCUGUCCGGCAUCGGCCACAGCACGGGCCGCGCGUCGUACAACGCCCGGCCGAUGCGCCUCUGGGACAAGGACACCGGCGAGGGCACCGGCAUGGCCUUCUUCCUCGCCGCCGCCUACCCGUCGAGCCUGCCGUCCGGCUCCUACGCCUACAACAUCGGGCUCACCAACCAGAGCGCCGACGCCGUGGCUGCCGGCGACGCCCGGUUCGUGGCGGUGGAGUUCGACACCUUCAACGACACCAUCGCGCACGACCCCAACGACACCUACGACCACGUCGGCAUCGACGUCAACUCUAUCAGGUCGGUGGCCACCCAGACCCUGCCGAGCUUCACCCUCAUCGGGAACAUGUCCGCCGAGAUCAGCCAUAAGGUUGACCUCAAGAGCGCGUUGCCGGAGGACGUCUCUGUUGGCUUCUCUGCCUCGACGUCCACAUCCAUCGAGCUGCACCAGCUGCAUUCUUGGCACUUCAGCUCGUCCUUGGAACCCAAGGCCACACCAAUUCUGCUAGCUCCGCCGCCAGCGCAGCGGCCGCCGCCGCCGCCACCACCACCACCACCCAUGGAUGUGUCCGGUUCUGGACGUGCUGGAGUAAUAGCAGGUGCCAGCGUCGGCGCUGCACUGCUGCUUGUGCUUCUCGUUGCUCUGGCGGCUCUACUCCAACGACGACGUCGGAGGAAGCAGGCGCAAGAGUCGGAUGACGACGAGCCGAUCAUGGAGAUUGAAUUGGGGACGGGGCCGAGGCGCUUCCCGUACCACAAACUCGUUGCUGCGACCAAGGGUUUCGCGCCGGAGGAGAAGCUCGGGCAAGAGGAGCCGCUUCUCGCGGCGGCCGACGAGCGGCUGAAAGGAGAGUACGACGCGGCGGAGGUGGAGCGCGUCGUGGCCGUCGGGCUCUGGUGCGCGCACCCUGACCCACGCGCACGGCCGUCCAUCAGAGUAGCCAUGGCCGCUCUCCAGUCCAAUCACGGCCCGGUGCCGGCGCUGCCUGCCAAGAUGCCCGUGGCGACAUACGCGGUGCCACUUGCGUCGCCGGAGGGCGGGGGGCUCUCCUCGUACAACGCUUCCUCGUCAGGGAUGACGUCUUCCAGUUUAACUCAGUCGUCGUCAACGACGGUCACCUCUCAGACAUCCUGCUCCUCCGACGCGUCCGCUGCAACUGGUUUCAAGGACUCGUCUUCGCUGCUCAAACAUCAGUGGUGCUAA